GGAGAGCGCGUGAACGCAGCACAAGAGAAUCAGCGAUGUAGUGACCGGUGGUGAGGAGGAGGUGGAUGAGAGGGAGACGAGGAAGCAUGUCAAUGAGAAGAAUGAAGAACAUGAAAAUCCCCGGACACUGAGCUGGCGGACGGAGAAAGCGUGUUCCGUAGCUCGUUAGUGGCUGACCGGGAGCGGAGGGAGGCAGCGGAGCCGAGCAGGAGCAGAAUGGAGGAGGAGAGGCAGUUCCUUUGUGGGGUGGUGGAAGGUUUCUACGGUCGCCCCUGGUCUAUGGAUCAGAGGAAAGUUCUUUUUCAAUGGAUGCAGCUCUGGGGGCUGAACACCUACCUGUAUGGUCCAAAAGACGACCUGAAGCACAGACUGUUAUGGAGGGAAGUGUAUUCUCCAGAGGAGGAAGCUCAGUUGCGUACUCUUAUAGCAGAGGCUCAGUCCAGAGGGCUGAGAUUUGUUUACGCUCUCUCUCCUGGUCAGGAUAUUGUCUUCUCUUCCUCCUGUGACCUCACGCUGCUCAAACGCAAGCUGAAACAGGUCUCAGACUUGGGCUGCCAGGCAUUUGCCAUUCUCUUUGAUGAUAUCGAUCACUCCAUGUGUCAGGCCGACAGCGAGGCCUUCACUUCAUUUGCUCACGCUCAGGUCACAGUAACCAAUGAGAUUUAUCGGUUCUUGGGGGAACCAGACGUCUUCCUUUUCUGCCCUACAGAGUACUGUGGGUCUCUGUGCUCUCCGAGUGCCUCCAAGUCUCCCUACCUACAGACUGUUGGAGAGGACCUGCUGCCUGAUAUAACAGUCAUAUGGACAGGCAGCAAGGUCAUCUCCAGGAAACUGUCUUUAGACAGCCUUGCGGAGGUGGAGUCUGUCCUUCAACGACCUCCGCUAAUCUGGGACAACCUGCACGCCAACGACUACGAUUCCAGGCGUCUCUUCCUGGGGCCUUUUAAGGGCCGAGACCCUCAGAUUAGGAGCCACCUGAGGGGCCUGCUACUCAAUCCCAACUGCGAGUUUGAAGCUAAUUACAUCCCACUGCACACACUGGGAGACUGGCAUCGAACUGGAAAGGAGGAUGUGAACGAUGAAGUGUGUGAGUAUUGUCCUGAGAGAGCUCUGACUGCUGCACUCACCGACUGGAUGGAGGAACUCAACCAGCCUCUACAAGCAGGUCGGCAGACUGCGAGAACAGAUCAUCGUGCCUCUCUUGCAUCAUCGCGCUCCAAAGCUCCUGACAGAUCCGACUGUGUCUCUACCUUCAGAGCCAACGCUGCUGUGGCCAAACUCCCAGUCUUCCCACUGAACUCCAGCUCCCCUCCAUCCUCUCCCCCCCUGGGAAAAGUGGAGAGGGAGGCACGAGAGGGGGAGAAAAUGAGGUCACACCAGCAGCCCCAUCAGCCCGGUCAGCCGCUUCCUGGAUCCAGGUCUGGAGCACUUACAGGUGGAGGUCGGACACAGAAGCUCCCGGGUCGGGGUGUAUGUGGUGGGAAGGGCAUGCUGAGUGAGGCCCAGGUGCGGCUGCUGGUUGGUCUUCAUUAUCUCCCCCAUGAGCACGGUCCAUCAGCCCAGAAGCUGCUGCAGGAUCUGACGUGGCUGAAAACAAACUGCCACCUGGUCGGCGCUAACGGCAAGAAGACACAACCCCAGAAGGUUGAUGAGUGGCGUGGACGAGCGUCCAGGUUCCUGUCUCUGUGUGAAGACAUAGCACAGCUCCACUGCAGCGUGGUGGGCGGAGCCAACAGGGCAGUGCUGUAUGACCUUUAUCCUUAUGUGUGGGACCUGAGGAACACCGCUCUGGUGGCAAAGGCCUUCAUAUGCUGGUUGGAUGGGCGGGUGAUGAGUGACAGCUCCAGCCUCGGCUCCUGGAGGGACUGCUUUCACUGGUGUGGGAAGGCUACAGGAGAGGACCUGUCAGGUGUGGACUCAGAGCCAUGGGCGUUCAAAGGGGGCGUGUCUGGGGAAGUGCAGAUGCUCCUCCCAAUAGGCAGCAGCAGUGAACUCUUCACCCAUCCUCCUCCUCUCUUCCCUACCUCUCGCCUCUACAACAUCAGGCCCUACCACAGCAAAGACAAGGUGGAGCUGUAUCGGAUGGUUCGCCAGCUUCACCUGAGGACUCAGGGUGGUCAGGAGUCCAGCACGGCUCACCCAGAUGUCAUUGGAGACAGGUGUCUGGGCCCAUGUCUGGCGCUGAGCCCCGAGUACAGCUUCAUCCUGGAGGAUGAGCUGGGUGUUUGUGGCUGUGUGCUAGGUAUCUCGGACGUCCGCUCCUUCGCCAAACGGUGCCAGGCCAGCUGGAUUCCUGCCAUGAGAGACAAAUACCCACCAAAAGGCACCAACACACACACCUACACACAGCAGGACCUGAUCCGGCUAAUGGAGGAGGAUCAGGGGGAAUACCCGGACUCGCUCCUCUAUCACUUCCCCUCCCAGCUCAGAUUGGACGCCCUGCCUGAACUUGUGGACGUCAGUGUCAGCCGAACCCUUCUCACCGCCCUCCUCACUGCUCUCAAGGCCAACGGUUCUCAGGGUGUGUUCUGCGAGGUACAGCCUACGGACCAUCAGAGGCUGGAGUUCUUAACCAAGCUGGGCUUCCUGGAGAUCCUCAGGGGAGAAGCGAGGAGCAGGGAGGGGGUGGUGCUGGGGAGGCUGCUCUGAACAUAUUUAAGAUAAAAAAAAAAUACAUCAUAUCUUCACAAUGUGGUCACAGACUGGAGCUCCUUCCAGACAUGAGACGCUUUAUCCAACAAUCUGAUUAAACAUUCAGCCAUUGAAGACCUGAUGUUUCAGUAGAAAUGUUGAAGUGAUGAUUUUCAACUAAGAACUUCUUCUGUCGUUAGAAAGUGAAGCCAUGAUAUUCUGAUACCACUAGCGUGGAGGAGGUGGUCUAGAACAUAAUGGGGUUGGAUUCUAAUGCAUGCGGUUAACUAUGGUCUGCAUUUACAUAGACAUCAUGUUUUAGUCCUUAAACAUUAUUUAGUGAAUAACGGUUUUUGAAAUGCGUCGUGUUCUCACGUAGACAACCGUAACACCACACUAACAGUGAUGGCUGCUAACAGUUUUUACUUGGCAAGCAAACUCCACGUGCACGUUUCACUAGCCAGCUCCUGUUUAUGGCAUAUCUGGUUAUAGUGCUACAGUGCCACCUACAGGCCUGGCAUAGACGCUACAACAUUUGUUCAUAAUGUCAUAAAAUUUACAUUCUAUUAUCACAGGCUUUGGGCAGUCUCUCUCUGUUGCUUCUUCAUGAGAUGUUGACUAAUCACAAUAAUAGCCGUCAGUUAAAAAUUUGUUUUCACUCAACCUGAUUGAAGAAAUGAGCCUAGAUGAUUUACUAAACAACUAAGGGGGUAAAACGCUGAAACUUUGGUAACGUCAUGUGGUACAAACUAUUUUCCAACGUAAAACCUGCUGUUGUUAAACAGAUUAAACGGGAAGUGAAGCACGUCUGAAAGGAGCUACAAACACUAACAUUUUACACAACUGUUGCACUCAGAUAUAAAUACCUAAAUAUCACCCAAACACACAGAACGAUGCUCUGGACACCGUGUGGAGUGUGACAGAGACCACUGAGCUUUAAAUAAGACUCAUGAGACCUUUUUUAUUUUCUGAGGGACAAAUUCAGAUUCCUUAGAGUGAAAAAUCAAGAUGAACCCUAGGAUUUCUGAGCAGUUUACAACAUGAACUGAUGUUUUAUUCUUUUCAAAGAGCCAACUUCAGCUCUGUUUAUUUCUCAUGUUUUAGAUGGGUUACGGUUAGGGUUGACUGAAGUUUUAGACGGGAGCAGAGCACUUGAUCCCAGGAGAAAAACCAUGUCUGAAGAUUGUCAACCAUUUGUGUUUUAAAGUGAGCACAUGCUAAUUUUAAGAGUUUGCAGACAUUAUUUAGGCUCUGAGAGCACAAAAAGCAGAAAGAGACUGUUUAAACAGGACCUGACUCCUGAGGUGAAUUAAAAUGUAACAACUCUGUAUGACAGAUUCAGACACCGUGAGUUUACUAAAUCCCGUUUUUGCCAGUUCACAUGUGAAACAGGUUGUGUUGCACAUUUGUAAUACCCACUUGUAAAAUGUGCUAUGCUAAUCUGCUUGUAGCACAAUUUCCCCAUCUUUGUAUCAAAAUACAGUUUCUAACUGGUCUUCUCUUAUGGAUCUUGUGCUCCAAUUCCUCAGAUUUGAUCGUAAAAACUCACUUUUUUAUUUUGUUAAAGCAGAAAUCUGGAGUUUUUUCUCAGAGAGCACCAUCUAGAGGUGGUAGAACGCACUGCACCCCAAGCCACUCCCGUACUUUUGUGAUUACAGCUGAAAGCAUGGCCACUCAUUCCUGAAUAGCUGACCAACUAUUAUUCUCGUGUUAUGUUGUUUGACUUUUCCAUAACACAUGUCACUGGGUCUGCAUCAGUCCUGGUGUGACUGCAAGCGCUCGCACCUGUUCGGUGCCAACAUCUGCACGUUAGUGGAUGUCCGACGCUAUUGGCUAAUGCUGAGCAGCGCUCAGUUACAACUGCAUGUGGCUCUACGGACGGGGGGCAGGCUUAGUCCAAAUAAAAUUGUCUAAAAUUGCAUCACUCUUCAGGGUCAGACUAUCACUUUUACUAUUUGUAAAAAGGGGAGAAACUCCAGAUCACUGCUUUAAUAUAGAGAUCUGUUGGUUAGAUGAUCCUAAAACACCAAACCCAGCUUUGACCAUUUACUAUUGUGUUAAAUGAAUGUUUACAUGCAUGGACAUCACACAGCUUUAUUUCGGAGCAGGGUUACGUGUAAAUAAACAUGAGCAAAUCGAAUUUUAAUUGCAUGCACUCUUCUGGAAGCUGUUUAUUUUUAGAUGUAAAACGCGUAGGGACAGGUGAGAAAGUCACAAAACUUAUGCAUGGAGAAAAAAAAAGAUGAACACCAGUAUCCCACUGGGAUUAGACUGUUAGCAAUAAACUGAUGCUUGAUUUUAAAAAAAAUCUUAAAUUAUGUUCUUAUUUUAUUUCUGAGGGUUCUUAAUUUGUUUAAUUGAGUAGUGUCUUGCUUUCAUGUCGCUGGAAUUUUGAACAUGACUUCUACUGUUGCGUCAACAUGGAUCCAUUUCAGUUUAGUUUUCAGGAGUUAGUACGUAUAAAAACAUAACCUUAUGGCAAAUGGAGACUCUCUGUGACUAAAAUUGCCACAAAAAGUGUAUUUUUUGCAAAACACAAUUUGCCCUCACUUGACCCUGCUGCAUAUAAAACCUGUUGCAAAUAUGUUUCAUUUAGUUUGGCUAAAUUGUAUUAUUCACUAACUAGUCACAGCCCAGUGAGAUACUGACUUAUGCAACCCAAAAAUGUAACACACACAUACACACACACACUUCCUGUAACAAUGUUUACACCUGGUUAAGCUGGUUUUAGUGGGGACCGCUGCCUUGUUUCACAAAAAUGACAGCUGUCUGACGCUCACUGCGAGUGUGAUAAAAACACAAACAGUUGCGUCAUUCUGCCUUUAUUAAAGCUUAACACACACACACACACACACACACACACACACACACAGAAGCACAACAGCACUCACCAUCAAACCUUUUAACUGAAAGUAUAUAGGACCAUGAAUGUUUCAUUUUGGUCUAAAGACACAGUUUGUGCAUCUGUUUGUAUUCAAACUGUUUUUGCUUUUUAUUACAAAUAUCCUCAACCACUGGAGCGAAAAGCACUUUUUAUAAUUAAGUAUCAUUAACAUUUUCUUUGAGGUUCUUUUUAAUAACAAUGUAGAAAAAUAAAAACAAUAACAAACAGAAAUGCACGAUGUAGAACAAAACGAUGAUGAAAUGUGUUGUCACUGCAUCUUUUAAGGAAAAUGGUUUGAAAGUUGUUUUUCUUCAUUGUGAUAAAUUACAAAUGUGUGUACAUUUAAGUGUGUCAAUCGUGGCACGAUUAUUAAUAAUAGUAUUAAUAAUUUUAACUGGAGACCCAUGCAGCUGCUUAAUGGUUUCAGCUUCCACCUGCACGGAGCUUCUCUUCUACUUUGGGUUUACAACGGUGCAAAGCAGCACGUCUAUGCAGGGUGAUGAAAACAAUAAAAACAGAAGGUGAUGCUGAAGACUUUUGGUUUUAUUGAUGCUAUCAGUAAAAAAUAAUUUUAAAACAAUGUUUUUAGAUCAACUUGUUGAUUUUAAUGCUUAAUAAAAUAACUUCUUUUCCUCUUUAA